CUGGGCCGCUGGCUCGGUUCCGAGCCGGAGCCCGCACUUCGGGCGCAUCUGCUGAAGGGGAGGGGAGUGCAGACGCGCCGCCGGGCGCCCUUCCCCGGGCUCGGUGACCGCAGGGCGACCUCCGGGAGUGGACACGGGAGGCCAGAGCGCGCCCUCGAGCCCCGCGCCCCACCGUCCCCACGGAAGGGACCCGAGGAGAAGAAGAUGAACAGCUCCCUAGCCUACCUGGCCUACCCUGUGAUCGUCUCUAACCACAGGCAGGCCACCGCCUUCAGGAAGAAGCUGGACCUGGGCCACUACCUCUCACACCAGAACCGGCUGCAGACAGCAAAGCCCACCGUGGACACCAAGCCUCCCGUGGCGCACACACAUCUCAUUUUAAAGCUGAGCAAACUGCAGUGGGAGCAAAAGAGAAUCGACCAGAUCGAGUAUGAGAACAGGCAGCUGUGUGAGAAGAUCGCCAGCGCACACCGCGGCCCUGCGAAGGUGGACUGCUGGAACUCGUACUUCUCCAAGAGUUUGAACAGAGAAAUGCGGAACCGAGAGCUCAUGCGCAUCACCCUGGAAAACCAGGCCAUCCUGAGGCGGCUGGACGACCGCAAGACUCACUACGACCGCAGGGCAUCUGAGAUAGACUGGCAGAACUCGAGGCGCUAUAUCCGGAACACGACUAGGUACCUUCUCUCCCAGGACGAAUAGGUCAGCCACUGAGGACCAGACAGGAGGCUGAGUCUUCCGGGCCACUCCGAAUGCCAAGACCCUCCCUCUGGAGCAGCCGCGCGCUUGGCCUCAGGCUGCCACA